UGCCCUCGGUGCAGGCAAUACUCUCGCAGUCUCAGUCUGAGAGCCCUCGCAAUAUGUCGAGGUGACGGAUACGGAAUCGUCGGAGUGCGCGGCCUUUUAAACUGAACCUGAAUAUUAAUUUCUUUACUCUUUUCUUUCGCAUUCUUUUCAUUACUCGAGUGCCAACAAUUUUAUGAAUCACACAUACAAAAAGUGGAAUGAAAAAUAUAUUGUAGCACGCAGCUUCUGUUGUGUUGAAAACUAGUGUGUAAAUUCCAAGUGUUUUGCUGCAAAAUAAUCUAAUAUUAAUAUUUAAUAAUAACCUUUGGUUUAUAUUCGCUGGCCUGUGUACUAAAUAAGUUAGCUGAUAUGAAAAAGCUAUAAGCUAGCAGAUAAAAGUGUUAUCUUAUCUUAUUGUGAGUGCCGUUAGUAGGAAAAAUACGUAUAUUAUUUACAAUAAAAAUAUACGUAUAGAUUGCAAAAAAUUGCAGUCUGCCAUUUGAAUCAUCGGAAUUUUCCAACGUGGCACUAUUGAGGGGCAUGCUUAAGUGCCGCAAUUGUUUCCGAGGAAGAGAGCAAUUGUGCAAGAAGGAUGGCAUCCCUCCACCAGAAGCGUCCCAGCAUAAGUAACUGGUUCUCCUCGCUUCGUCGGCAGCCAAAGAACAAGACGUGCUCCUCCGGCUUGGGAGGAAUGGAAAGUGUUGGCAGAAAGCAGCCGUUGCAAAGGAGCUGCUUUGACCUAUCCGCGAAGCCGGUGGGUUGCGAUGGUGGUGAAAGUGUGGAGUUCUAUGAAUCGGAAUCCCCUGCCAGUCGGCGAAGCAACAGCACUUUCUACAUCAACACCCGGAAUGUAUCGUCUGCUAGUGCUAAAGGCACCCCAGAAAGGGGCCCUAGCAGGGUUUGCGUUCGCUGCUUUUGCAGUUUGAUCACGAAGAGCGGGGACAGAAAAGAAACACCUCCAAUGGCCACGCCCAAGUCGGACAUUAAGAUCACGCUGAAGCCCCCGCCCAAGCCCCGCUCCCCUUCCAUUUCUCCCUACACUAGUGUGGCAACAUAUAACGUAACGAAAUUAGCGCCGGACAGCCCUCUUCCCGCCAGCCCCACAUUAAGCACUCAAACCGUAAAUUGCCGCGAUGUUACCUUGAAGGUCACCGAGGUUCAGCGCCUGCCCUGUGAUGAACCUAACACGGACCUUAUUAGCAAGCGAACGGAGUACCAGCACGAAACCAUCACAACGACAACAAGAACCUUAAUUGUGACGCGACCCGUGGAACUGCUAUUAAAUGGAAAUGGCGAAAUAAUCGCAAGGCGAUCGCCGCGCAAAACGCGCUCUAAUUCCCUGGGCCGCAUGCUAGACGUGGAGAAUGAAAUUGAAACUGGCGUCAACCAUCCCGAGUUGUUUCUGGAAACUGAUCCUAGUUCGAAACACAGUUCACCGCUUACACCCGAUACCUGCGAUAUGCGCUUCAUUGACGAUAGCUGCAACUCGCCAAGUGAGUUCGAGCGGAACUCUUUCAUACAAGAAGCCAACAAAAAUAAUUCAAAGAAUAAUACGAGCAACAGCAAGCGCGACAGUCAGCAAUCGAAUCUGUGCGAGAGCUGCCACACGCUUCUCGAGCGAAAUUGCAUCAAUUCUGAACAGAGUGACAAUCUAGUCAUCCUCAGGCGACCACCAAAGCAAAUUAAAGAUGAGUUGUGCGAGGUUGUAUCGGAAAUGGAGGCGCUGGAUGUACCCGAAGACUGCAAGCAUUCCAAUAAGGAUAAACAGAUGUCCAUUGGGCGUAAAAAGUUUAACAUGGACCCAAAAAAAGGCAUUGAGUAUCUCGUUGAAAACCGGCUACUGCGUCAUGAUCCCCAGGACGUUGCUCACUUUCUCUACAAGGGAGAGGGACUGAAUAAAACGGCCAUUGGCGAUUACCUCGGCGAGAAAAACGAUUUUAAUGAGGAUGUGCUCAAGGCUUUUGUGGCGCUCCACGAUUUCACCAAUCUCAUUCUCGUACAAGCCCUCAGGCAAUUUCUGUGGUCGUUUCGGUUACCCGGCGAGGCACAAAAGAUCGAUCGCAUGAUGGAGACCUUCGCACAGCGCUACUGUCAACUAAAUCCAGAUAUAUUCACCAACACAGACACCUGCUAUGUGCUUAGCUUCGCAAUUAUUAUGCUAAACACCUCACUACACAAUCCAUCUGUUAAAGACAAGCCCACCGUUGAUCAAUUCAUAUCAAUGAAUCGUGGCAUCAACAACGGCGGAGAUUUGCCCCGUGGCCUUCUAGAAUCUCUUUACGAGUCCAUUCGAACGGAGCCAUUUAAAAUACCCCAGGAUGAUGGCAAUGAUUUGAUGCACACCUUCUUCAAUCCCGAUAAGGAGGGCUGGCUGUGGAAGCAAGGCGGCAGAUACAAAUCGUGGAAACGUCGUUGGUUUAUUUUGAACGACAAUUGCUUAUACUAUUUUGAAUACACAACGGAUAAGGAACCACGCGGCAUUAUUCCACUGGAGAACAUAUCGGUGCGCGAAAUUCACGAUCGCAGCAAACCGCACUGCUUUGAGCUGUUUGCGACUGGAGGUGCUGAUAUAAUCAAGGCAUGCAAGACUGACUCUGAGGGCAAAGUGGUAGAGGGCAAGCAUACGGUGUACCGUAUGUCCGCUGCCACGGAGGAAGAUCAACAGGAGUGGAUCAAGCGUUUGACGCAGUCUAUCAGCCAUAAUCCGUUUUAUGACAUUCUGGUACAAAGAAAGAAAAAGGCACUCAGCAAGAGUUAAUAUAAACAAGAAGCUCGACGAAACUUUUGUCUUGGAUCUCAGUGAAACUCUGUUACUGGCGUGUGUUGCUCUCUAACCCUAUUUAAAUAAGUGCAUAUGCAUAUACCAAUUAUAUACGUUGUCUUGUGAGAGUAUUUCCAUGUUGAAUGCCUGUAAAUGCUUUACCUUUCGCAUUGGCACAAUCCCGAAUAAUGUCUUUGUAUUUUGUUUGAUUGACUCGAAACAAGCCAUCACACGCCGCCGCACUUUGUCUCUAUUGUUGUGAUAUAACUUAUUAAAACUUAGCAUAACCGAAAUUAAUAUAAUUGAAAAUUGCAUAAAGUAGAAAUACACAUUUAUUCACAUUUUCAUUAGUGCAAAUUAUGGUUUAGUUUCAUUAUAGACAUAAGUCUUCGAAUAUGGUUUGAAAUUGUAUAACAUAAGUUGUCCCACAACCCACCCUCUAUUAUUAAAAACAUAUCCCAGUCGCCAACAAUGUACUUUAUCUAACAUAUGUGUUUAGAUGUUUGAUGCAAAUGAAAAUAGCAUACAAAUGUUGUUUGACAAUAGUUGACAGCUACAAAAAAAGUCUUAUUGCGAUCUAAAAGAUAAUGCGAACAGCGAAAGUAGAAAAUGUUUAAAGAAAAAAAAUAUUGUUAAAUUAAUAAAUACAAAUCUUAAAUGCAUUUAGUCGGCAAAUUGAUUCUUGAGGAGAAUUUUAAUUACGUGACAUAGUUCUUAUGGAAAGAAAGAUCUAAUUUCAACUAUUGUUACUCAAUGCCAACUUUCACCCUCUUACAAAAUUCGCCCUCUUUUAAACAUUGAAAAACACCCGUUCAUCAUUUGAAGUGUUUAAAAAAUAUAUUUUAUUUAAAAUUUGCUUAUUUGAAUAGAGGGAAACGGUCGAAACGCAAC